AUGGACCUCCUCAUUCCAACCAUUCUUAUCACUCUCCUCCUCCUUCUCUUCCUCAUCAAACCACUCCUCUCCAAUCCAAAGCUCCACAAAACCAAGCACCUAAAGCUCCCUCCAAGUCCUCCUUCUCUCCCUUUCAUUGGUCAUCUCCAUCUCUUCAAGAAACCCCUCCACCAUACUCUCUCCUCCCUUUCCUCCUUACGUGGCCCUUGCUUCCUCCUCAACUUCUCCUCUCGUCGUCUCUUAAUCAUCUCUUCCUACUCUCUAGCUUUACAAUGCUUCACCACUCUUGAUCUCAUCUUCGCCACCCGUCCUCGCCUUCCCUCCGGCCGCUUUCUCACCUACAAUUACACCACCAUCGGUUUCUCCCCUUAUGGCCCUCACUGGCGCACUCUCCGUCGCAUCGUCGCUCACCACCUCUUCUCCAAUGCCCGUCUCCAAUCCUUGGUCUCCACACGAACUACUGAACUCACUUCACUCUUACAUCACUUAUACAACACCUCCUCCUCUUCUUCUUCUUCUUCAUUUACUAAAGUUGAACUUAGGCCUAAGCUUUUUGAACUUGUGCUUAAUGUGUUGAUGAUGGGAGUGGCCGGAAAACGGUAUAGUAGUGAAGCUCAAGCUCGGAGGUUCUUUGAGAUGGUUAGAGGAACCUUCAUGUUUAGUGGAACUUCUAAUCUUAGGGACUUCUUGCCAAAGAUAUUCAGAUUUUUUGAUUUCCAAGGGACAAAGAAGAGGUUAGCUUGGUUGGAGAGUGAGUGGGACUUACAUCUUCAAGGCUUGAUUGAUGAGGAGAGGAUCAAGCAUGCAAGAGAUGAUCAGAGUGAAGAGAAGACCAUGAUUGGUGUCUUACUUUCUCUUCAACAAGAGAAUCCUGAAUCCUAUCCUGACCGUUUCAUCAAAGCUCUUUUCUUGAGUUUAUUAAUGGCAGGAACAGACACAUCAACAGCAACACUUGAAUGGGCAAUGUCUCUCUUGCUCAACCAUCCGGAAAAACUAAAGAAAGCUCAAGAAGAGAUUGAUGAACAGAUAGAGCAUGGACGUUUGAUACAAGAAAGUGAUCUGCCAAACUUGCCAUACCUUCAAGGGAUCAUCAAUGAGACCUUAAGACUCUAUCCUGCCACACCCCUUCUCCUACCUCAUGAGUCCAUGCAAGACUGUGAACUUAAUGGCUUUCAUAUUCCACAAGGCACUAUCUUAUUAGUGAAUGUGUAUGCCAUGCAUAGAGACCCUGAUAUAUGGGGUGCUGGUGCAGGAGAGUUUAGGCCAGAGAGGUAUGAAGAAGAGAGUGGGAGAGAUUUGAGUAAGAUGAUGAUGCCAUUUGGGAUGGGGAGGAGAAGGUGCCCUGGGGAAGGACUUGCCCUUAAGUUGAUAGGGUUGGCUCUAGGGGCUUUGAUACAGUGUUUUGAGUGGGAGAGACUUGGGAAGGAGAUGGUGGAUAUGAAGGAAGCUUUGGGGAUGAGUAUGCCUAAAGCUCAUCCUCUUGAGGCUUUGUAUAAGCCUAGAUCAAGCAUGAUUAGUGUUCUUUCUAAUCUCUGAAUUAUUUGGGAUUUAUUUAUGUAAUAAAUGUGUGUUUGUGUGAGGAAAUAA